AUGAUGCUCACUACUACUCCCGAAAGACAGAGACCUGUUUUGCCCUCUUUGGACGCCUUCAGAACUCCUAGAAUGCUGCUUCCCCCAUUAUCGUCGUUGCUCAACGAAUCCACUCCCUUCAGACCCAAAUUACCAUCUAUCGACUCGUUUGCUACGCCCUACACCUCGAGCUAUUUGGCUCCAGGAUCUUCAGUGAACACCUCGACUGUCAACAGUGGAAACGCCACUGGAUCUGAGCCCAGAUUCGAUAAACCCAUGCUUUCGGUCACCACCAAGACGCCCGUGGCCACCACCACUAGCAGAACACCCGCAGUGAAGUCAGAAGUUGUGUCACCAGUGGAUUCGUCCAAAUUGGUCAAUUCCACUAUGGACUCCGACGCAGACACUUCCAUCAACGACUCCAUGAUCAAGGUGUCGAAGAGGAAGACUUCCGCGACAUCUCCCUCUAGAGAUUUCGCCUUCAUCUCCCAUUCGCCUGCCACUUACCCAUCCCAGGAGCCAUCCAUUGACAACGCAUCGUUGGCCAGAAGAAAGAGAAGAAGAACUUCACCUUACGAGUUGUCGAUCUUGAACCAGGAGUUCCAGUUGGGAUCUACGCCUAGUAAGGCUAGAAGAACCGAGAUUGCUGAGAGGGUCAAUAUGUCUGAGAAGGCCGUGCAGAUUUGGUUUCAGAACAAGAGACAGUCACUUCGUCGUCUCAAAUCCACCGACAGAGAGGUGACUGAAUUGCCUCCUACGCCAGAUUCAUCCAGCGUAAUGUCGGGCAUGACUACUGAGGCUGUUCCAACUCCUUUGCAGGAGUCUACGCCAAUUAAGCCUACUCUAGCUAAGGCGCAUUCCCAGCUGUACACGGAAUUCUCCACGUUGGCAGAACUGUCGCCUAUCCGGUCAUAUUCCACUUCCAACUUGUCGCAGAAGCAUGCCUUGUUGACUAAGAACCCCAACUCUGCCCUUCUCACCAAGAUGCUUGCAAGUGCUGACGACGAGAAGAAGAAGUCGGAGCUUGUGUUGAAUUUGACCAACAAGAAACAGCCUGAGUUCGCUCGUCAUUCGCCUGCUGCUGCUACACAGGUGAGAACAUUCAAGUUGGCACCAUCCAAGGAGAGAAAGCCAUUGGGUGUCAUUGAUGUCAACAUCCCUUCUACUGCUGGAAAGGGCAGCGAGCUGCAGUGUGUUCACGGAUUGCUUUCCUUGAGGGGAGCUACUUAUUAA